AUGUUCCGGCGCAAGCCGGUCAAGGCCCUGGUUGUGGCGGGGGAUGCUGAAGAUGAUACCGAAGCCACGAUCCUCGAAGCCGGUGGCGAGGAGACUGAAGCACCAACCCCGACUCAAGUCGCGCAGCAGGAGCCCACUGCAGUUCCAACAACCGUCCCGGUGACUAAAAAGCUGCUCGGCAGGUUGAACAAACGCGACAGCAAGGUGCAGGCUACGCCGGACGCUGCAAACACCCCACGACGGAGCAACACGUGGUCUCGCUCCACAGGGAGUCUGCUGAGGCUGGCGUCGGACAACGCGACCAUCAACGUACUGCGGAUGUCGCUGUUCGAGAUGCAGGACCGAGUGAGCUACCGCUGGGUGCUGCAUCCGCAAUCGCCUCUCAAAACGUCGUGGGACCUUAUGAGUGCAUUCAUCGUUGUUUACUACUCGUGGAUUAUCCCGUUCAUGCUGUGUUUCGACUGGUACGUGCCGUCCCAUACUACGAAUGUGUUUAUGAAGGUGCUGGAUGUGUGGGGCUUCCUGGACAUUGCACUGCGACUCCGAACGGGUAUUAUCGAGUACGGCGCCGUGAUAAUGAACCCACGCAAAAUUCGCAAAGCAUACAUCCGCUCGAUUUGGUUCCCCAUCGACAUCGCCUCCUCGUUCCCUUUCGAGUAUUUUAUCAAUGACACCUCGACCAGCGUAUCAACAAGGAAGACCAUCAAGAUGAUCAAGUACAUUAAACUGCCGCGCUUACUGCGUCUCGGUCGCUUUGUCAAGUAUCUGAAGCGGUACAAACGCUACUCGAGCGUCACUAUUUCGCUCAAUACGGUGGUCUUCUCAGCUCAUGUGGCUGGAUGUUUGUGGGUUGCGAUUCUAAAACCGUGCGCAGACGCUAUUGAGGCCACUCGACCGCACUGCCAAGACGGCGGCGAAAUGGAUGUCUACUGGGUCGCUUUUCACCACGGCAUGGUGUCGCUAUUGGGCGUAUCGGCCACACACGUUGAAGCCAGCGACCGAUUUCUCAGCGGCGGGUACAACCAUUCCUCCAGCGACGACAUAAACAGCUCCGUCUACCUCUGGUCCGUCGCAUUGUCAGUUUAUGGUGCUGUCUUGACAGCUAUCCUCUUUGGCACUAUCGUCGGUCUCGUACAGAGCUGGAACCGGGCUGAAAACGCGUUUAGGAAGAAGAUGGAUCAUGUCACUCACGAGAUGGACGCACUGAGCUUACCAAAGCCACUGCGGAAUCGAGCUUUGUCCGAACAGCUCAAUUUGCUGCACGAUCCGGGUAUGUCAUUGACUUUGAGGAGACAAAUUGCGAUCUACCUGUUCAAGGACAACCUGCAAAAGAUCCCGUUUUUCCAGCUAGCCACAGACGCCGUGCUGGGAAUGAUCUGUAUGCAGUUGCACCAAGUUAUCUACAUGCCGGACGACUUCAUCAUCCAAGAGGGAGAAAUCGGCAAGGAACUGUUCAUGAUCGUGAAAGGCAUCGUCCGUGUGCUGCCACCCAAAAAGUGCAAGAAGCCGCAGGACGAAACGAUCAUCCUCCUAUCACAGGGAGACUUCUUUGGCGAGAUCGGAGUGGUGAUGGAGGUCGAACGCACGCGCAGCGUCAAGGCUGAGUGUAUGGCGGAGCUCUGCGUUCUAGCUCGAGAGGGUUUCGACAAAAUUUUGGUAGAAUUUCCGGAAUUCGCUACUGCUAUGAAGAAGCUGAUCGUGAAGCGCGUGGGCGAGAUGUGGAAAGAUGAAGGCCCUGAGCGCAUGGAGAAGAUGACUGCACUAGCCGACGCCAAGAUGAAAAAGACUAUCCAGGCCUACAAGAACAUGGAGAAGCUGCGCAACAAAACUCGGGCUCUGGCCAACUUUCGUCCACGGUUGUCGAACUUGCUCAGUACGUCUGAUGCUCUGACACCGCACAAUUUGCGGGGUGAUCAAGGAAGCGGACGUGCUUCGGACGAAAUUGUUGCUGCUGCUGCCGCCGCCGCCGCUGCCGUUGCUGUUACUUCCGAGAACGCUUCUGCGGCGUCAGCCACGAUUCCGAACAAAACCCCUCUUGGCCCGAUAACCGAAGACUCCCUCGUCGACGAAGGCAAAACACCACCUGAAACCAGCAGGUACAAUUCCAUAUCGGAUCUGGCUCAUGCCGUAGGUGAGCAGUUCAACAACCCGGCCAGCGACGCCACUGCCGUUUUGGGGGUACAUGUAGCAGAUCGAAGACCGGAGCGCGGAGCAGUGCACCCCGUUGCACGAAGCACCGCAGCGACACAGCAAUUGCAGCAGUUGGAGGCUCAACUGCGACUGGUUGAGCAGAAGAUGGAGACGAAGAUGGCCGACCUCGACAACAAACUCGAGCAGAUCCUGCGUCACCUCGCGCCUGCCAAGCCGAAUGCGCUGCCUCCGAUCGCUUCGCCUCCCAUCUCGUUUCGACGAGAUCCGUCGUUCCAACAGUGA